GCCCCCUCGCGCCGCCGCUUCCGCCGCGUCGGCCCCGCCCCGGCCCGGCGCGGCGCGAGGAUGAGCGGGCGGCGGGUGGACGCCAAAGUGGUGCUGCUGGGCCAGGAGGGCGUGGGCAAGAGCAGCCUGGUGGAGCGCUGCGUGCACCGCCGCUUCCGCGCCGGGCCCUACCAGAACACGAUCGGGGCUGCGUUCGUGGCAAAGGUGCUGACUGUGGGGGAGCAGACGGUGACACUGGGGAUCUGGGACACAGCGGGUUCUGAGCGCUACGAGGCCAUGAGCCGCAUCUACUACCGCGGGGCGCGAGCCGCCAUCGUCUGCUACGAUCUCACCAACAGCAGCAGCUUCCAGCGUGCCAAGUUCUGGGUGAACGAGCUGCAGAACUGUGAGGAGGGCUGCCGAAUCUACCUGUGCGGCACCAAGAGCGACUUGCUGGAGGAGGACCGGAGGAAGCGAGACGUUGACUUCCACGACGUGCAGGACUACGCUGAUGAGGUCAAGGCAGAGCUCUUUGAGACCUCCAGCAAGACAGGACAGAAUGUGGAUGAGCUGUUCCAGAAGGUGGCCGAGGAUUACAUCCACUUCACUGCCUUCCAGGAGAUGACAGAGGAGAAAGGUGUUGACCUGGGCCAGAAGAGCAGUUCCUACCUGUACAGCUGCUGCCACCACUGAGACCUUCAGCCAAAAGGGAAGUGCUGCGGGCCACCCGCCCGCUGCUCUUUGGACUCCUCUUGUUUUUUACCUGCUGUAUUUUAGCUGUAUAAGAGCCGUCUGCGGCACGCAAGGGAAGCGCAGCCCCAUGGAUCGCUCUGCUCCCUGACCUCGGCGUGUGGGGCUGCGCGGUGCUGGGAGCCGCAGGCACCCACCGAGGUGCCCCCGCUGCCUGUGGGCAGAGACCCGGCAGCACCCAUUAACUUAUUCUCUCGGAGAUAUCGCCCGAUUCUUUGCGGAUUAUUUAAGCGUCUUCUAUCAAGGUGUACAAUGUAAAUAAAAUGCAUUGUGGUCUGA